GACGUGUUUUUUCCAGCCUGCCUGUUUGUUCUUUUUUCCGUUCGUGUUGUUUCGGUGUGGAUAGAAAGAAGGCAGACCCGGACCAGCGUAGCAAGUGAAGAAGACGCGCGCUCAACGACAAGGGCGAAAAAAAAAACGAGUCAAACCGAGGCACACACUCGUGGACGGACGUUCCUCCGCAGAAGACUCGCCCGGAGAUACUGGUUGCUGUUCCUUCUUGCUCGCUUGCUUCGUUCGGCGGUAGCGCGCGGUUGACCAUGUGAGGAGCGAGAGCCCCAAAAGUGUAAAAACGGCAGAUCAUUCCCGGUUUCGGAAGCGAGGAAAAAAGGUCAUCAAAGCAGUCUUUUUUGUUUUGCCAAACCAGGAGGACAAACGGCGACGACGACGGAGGUGGCGAACGCGUUGAUUUUCUUGUUGCUGGUUACCGCGCCGGUUAGGUUUUUUUUUUCGGGAACGUGGAGGAAUUUUUUCGACAGUCAAAAAAUACUCGGUGACCGGUUCGGGGUCGGUAGAGCCUGCAAGUCCGGAAUAUUAGUGAAUUUUUGUCGCAAUUACCGAUAAUGAGUUAUGAAGCGUAGGGAUGGUUGACAGUCGGGCCUUGGAGUUAAUGAGCCGUGUCUAAGGUGAAGCAUACGUGAAUGCAAUCGUAUAUGUGUGUAUGUGCUUUAGUGCGUGUGACAGUCGUGAAAGCAUCUACGAUUCUUCAGCCGGCCGUGUCCUGAAGUGAAGAGGAACAAGUGGAAAGAAACAAGUGAGUGAGAGUGCAUGGAAAAAAUGUAAACACCAUUAGUGGACAAAAAGUGUAAUGAUAAUUGUGUCAAUCAGUUUUUAUUUCUCAUUGCAAUCGAUUUCGUGCAAUAAUGUUGAUCGAUGAUUGCCCCGAGGGCGACAUCCCGGUGCAAUUGAUGGAAAGGAGUGGUUGAAGUGUGAAGGAGACGAGUGAAUUUUGUUGCGAUUCAUUCAUAAAACGUGAUUAAAUUGAACGUGGUUUCCGCGGUAGGAUCCGAGGCGCCACAGCACCGUGUCAGUACGGGACUUGAAUUGAUUCCUUGUUACUUUGAAUAUCUGAGAUUUUAUCACACCCGACCCACUCCCGGUCUGUGUGGCAUGGUUUGGAAUUGAAAUGAUAAUAACAGCAAGGAAAUAAUAACGGAAUCGCAUGUUGAGUGAAAUUAUCGGAAGCUAGGCUAACCGAGGUGCAGUUGACGAACACAUGCAAGUGCUUAUGUGCUGGUGAACAGGAAACGAAUCAAUUUGUAGCAACUAAACGAGGGAAGAGCGACCGAGUGACAAUACUCUUCGCCGAUUAAUCAAUUGUUCUUUGGUGGCAGAAUUUGUGUCGAUGACAUUGCAGUGUAGAUACGUCAUUACUCAGAUAAUAAGUGGUGAAUUCAAAGAAAUUGAUAUUUUACACAAAAUUUGUUGAGAACCGCGAUGUGCUAUUGUUUUCCGUUGGUAGUGGCAGCAGUAGAAAACCCAGAGGCUAGUUGCAAGAUAUGUAUCCGUGGUAUAGAGAGGUACCGCUAAGUGUUGGACAGAUUUGCAGCCCUCUGACAGCGGGAGCGGCGACGGCAACGGCGACCAUCAAGACCGAAGCCGGCUACAGUGAUUGUAUGCUGGAUUUUCAUAGUAAGAAAACACCAUCCUCGUUCCCCUGGCUCUCGGACGCCACCAACAACAACGAUUACUCCAAAGCCAACAAUAACCACCACAGCCAUCCGCACCAUCACCACCAUCACCACAAUAUCUGUCGCCACCCGGAGGACUCCAAAUCGGCUCUGAGCUCACCCCGGAUAGGAAGCAGUCAUCACGGCAGUUCCAACGGAGGACCAACCUCCGGCCAUCACCCAUCUUCGGCAGCAGCCACUGCGGAGGGAGCAACUCCCGACUCCAGCAGCACAACGGCGACCGCGGCGAUACCCAACUUUAACCAGAUGCCCGUUCCGGGAUCUGUCCAGGGCCAGAAUCCCACCCAGGGACUGGUGCACUGGAUGAGUGCGGUGAUGGCCGAGCAUAUGACGUCCAAUUCCCACCAUGAUCCUACAGUUGGGAUGCACUACAUGUGGAAUGGUCCCGUGGAGCAAUGUGGCCAGCACACCAAGGACAUGGACUCGUACAGCGGCUGGCCGGCCCCCAGAAACCACAUGUCCAUGAAGCAAGGAUAUGAGGCGAAAAUGAAUGCGGUCGAUCAUCACCAUCAUCACAACAACCUGCAGAAAGGUCACAUGAUUGACGACGGCCGGCUGCUGGAUCAUCAUGGAAUGCAAUCGGCUCAGAUGAGCCAAAUCUACGGAGCCCGAGGGGCGUCGAGUAACAGCUCUCCCGGUGGACAUCACGUGCAUCCAAACUCGGCGGGUCUGCUCGUCGUGCCACAGCCCAUCAAUGCGACCAAGAUAGGAGCAGCCCUGCCCAACGGGACCGGCCGGAAGUACCAGUGCAAAAUGUGUCCACAGAUUUUUACAUCGAAAGCAGAUCUCCAGUUGCACACGCAGAUUCACAUGCGCGAGGCAAAACCCUACAAAUGUUCCCAAUGCAAUAAGGCAUUCGCCAACUCGAGCUAUCUUUCACAGCACACUCGGAUACACCUGGGCAUCAAGCCGUACCGGUGCGAGAUUUGCCAGCGAAAAUUUACCCAACUGUCCCACCUGCAGCAGCACAUCCGGACCCAUACCGGUGAUAAACCGUACAAGUGUCGACAUCAGGGUUGUAUGAAAGCAUUUUCGCAACUAUCGAACCUACAAUCGCACUCCCGCUGCCACCAAACGGACAAACCGUUCAAGUGUAACUCGUGCUACAAAUGUUUCUCCGACGAACCCUCGCUGCUGGAGCAUAUCCCCAAGCACAAGGAAUCGAAACAUCUGAAAACCCACAUUUGCCAGUACUGCGGCAAAUCGUACACCCAGGAAACCUACCUUUCCAAGCACAUGCAGAAACACUCGGAGCGAACAGACAAGCGACCACCGAUCGGAGCACGUAGCAGUAGUAGCACGUUGAAUCUCAAUACCAAUACGACCGUCCCUCCUGCUAUAACCGGGGGCGAGAAUCCAUACUGGCCUAAGGUAAGCCCCGAUUCGGCAGCCAACAUGACGGAUGUUAUGCAGCAACAGCAACAACAUCAACCACCACCGACGAAUCAGCAGCCUCCGCACCAACCCCAGCAAUCAAAUCAGCAGAGCCAUCAUGAUUUCAACCUGAAUCCGCAGAACAAUGCUCCCAAUCAGACUCCGAAUGGACUCAACAAUGUUCCAGGAGACCUGCACCAUCAUCGCGAUGAGAACGUUGAAGAUCUUGCUGUGAGCGCCCGUCAAGGUGCACCGAAUAUGAACGGUCCCAACGGGAACAUCCCGAUUCCACCUUCUUCGACGCCGAUGUCCGCUGCCGGGUACGAUUCCAGUAGCAUAGCGAAGGUGGCAUCCAAUUCGGCCUUCACACCGAUCAACUCGAUGCCACCACAUUUGAACACCCUGCAGCAUCACCACCAUCAGCUGGCACAGCGACCAUAUCUGUACGAUGCGAUCAGCUUCCAGAACCAGAAAGCGAUCAAUCAGAGCCCAUCGAAUUCGUUCCCGAAUCAGCUGAUUUCGCUGCACCAGAUUCGGAACUACGCGCAUCAACCCGGCGGAGGACUGAUGGCCGGGGAACAUUUGCUCGGGGUGACCGUUGGGGCGGGUGGUAAAGAUAAGGGGUAAGAGGGGACG